AAGCACACAUCAAAGUUCAGUUCUGUAUUCUUAGUCCUAAAAAACAAGCAACACAGCACUUCCCAGCAGCCAAAGCGAAGAAAUCACUGAUGAGAUCAGCCUGAGUAGUGCUAAUUUCUCCGUCUUCAGCAUGUGGGUCAUCACCGUCGUUUCAGUGGUCUGUCUGCUGGCCGGCCCGUCCCAGGCUGGCGUCAAAGACCUCAGCACUCACUUCGACGACCCCGAACCAAACCUCAGAGGCUUAGAACCAGGAGGCGCAGCAGACGUGGAGGCCAUCCCAUUGGAGUUCCACAAAGAAAACACGGUCACCAACGACCUGGUCUUUGAUGGCUUCGAAGAUGAAGAUUAUAUUGAUUUUGAUAAGAUCCUGGCUGCAGGCAGCGACGAUUACAAUCAGGGGGAUGAGAUCGACGAGAUAGCCACACCAGCGCCGGACAUUGACAUCUUUGCUGAACCCUCCGACCCAAAGAUCCGCCGGGGCAGACUCUUGCGGCUGUUCCACGGUCGAUCCCGCCUUCAGCGACUCAACAUCGUGAACGCUCGAUUUGGCUUCAACCUUUAUCGCAGUCUUCGGAACAACGUCAACCAAACCGACAACAUCCUGCUUGCACCUGCUGGAAUCUCCAUCGCCAUGGGGAUGAUGUCUUUAGGGGCGGGUCCCAAAACUCACGAUCAGAUCUACGAAGUUUUAGGAUUUGCUGACUUUGUUAAUGCUAGCCAUCACUAUGACAACGCAACAGUGCACAAGCUCUUCAGGAAGCUGACGCACAGGCUUUUCAGGAGGAACUUUGGUUACACGCUCCGCUCCGUAAACGACGUCUACGUAAAGAAGAACGUAUCCAUGAAAGACACCUUCUGCGCAGAAACAAAAGAUUAUUACUUUGCUGAGCCACAGUCGGUAAACUUCAGAGAGCCGACGUUCCUAACCAAGGCCAACCGUCGCAUAGAAACACUCACCAAAGGCCUGAUCAGAGAGCCACUAAAGAGCGUGGAUCCAAAUAUGGUACUGAUGCUUCUAAACUACCUGUACUUCAAAGGGACAUGGGAACAGAAGUUCCCAAAGGAAACAACCUACUACAGAAACUUCAGAGUUAACGAAAAGACAAGCGUACGCGUACCGAUGAUGCUGAACAAGGGGAACUACCUGGCUGCGGCCGACCACGAACUGGAGUGUGAUGUUCUCCAGCUCCCAUACACAGGAAGCCUCAGUAUGCUCAUUGCCUUGCCAAGGAAGAUCACCGGCAUGAGAACCUUGGAGCAGGAGAUAUCUUCAACUGUUGUUAACAAAUGGCUCGUAAACAUGACUAACAGAACACGUGAGGUCUCGAUACCUCGGUUUAAACUGGAGCAAAACUAUGACCUGAUUGACAGUUUGAAGAAAAUGGGCCUGACGGACAUCUUCCAGGCGAGUGGAGAUUUCAGUAGAAUGACUUCAGAAAAGGUUGUCCUGAACUGGCUGAAGCACCAGGGCACCAUCACCGUGAACGAGGAGGGAACAGAGGCUGCUGCUCUGACCCAAGUGGGCUUCAUGCCGCUCUCCUCUCAGAUCCGCUUCAUUGUGGAUCAUCCGUUCCUCUUCCUGAUCUACGAGCACCGCACCGACUGCCUGGUGUUCAUUGGCCGGGUGGUAAAUCCCUCACAGAACUGAACGGCUUAACUAGUCACCACAAAUUAUGUGUGUAGCUUAGAAGUUCUGUGUUGUCUUACUUAUAGAAAACACAUUUAGUGUUUUAGGAGUCUUCAUGCGUUUUGGUGAAUUCUGAAUGAACUUCCUAAAGUGACGAGUCGCUUGUUUUCUGUUAAUGUUUCAUGAUUUGCAUCAAAGCCAGUGGAGAAGUGAGCAAAGAAUAAUGUUAUGUAACCGCUGGUGAGCUAAAGCUUAAGCUCAAAUGAUCAUUUAAAAAACAGAAGUCAAAUAGUUUACUCAAUAAAAAUAACAUUUGUUAUAUUAUCUCUUGAUUUUGGUUUCGUUUCCAUUUAUUGUGAUGAAGAAAAUGUGAAUAUUUUACAUUACUUAAAAUCUGUCAAUAUAACAAUGUUUAACAGUAAACUGGUGGCACAGAUGUCUAGACCAGCUCAAAACUUGUUAAUAUAUUUAAAACUUAACACUUUCAACUCAUCUGUAAAUUUCCAAUUCUCACAAAAUCAUGUUUAAAUUUGAAUUUCAACAUAAACUCCUGCAGAAAAUGAACAUAAAACUCACCACAGCAAUCACUGGGAUAAGGACUCCAAGGUUUCCAGCACUACUUGAUGCCUGGGCAGAAAUAAAGAACAAUUAACAUUUUACAAAA